UAGUUUAGUAGUAUUAUUAUCGGUUCAUCACCGUCCGAAUUAAUUGCGAUUCGAAAUUUUCCACGUCUCAUGUCAUAAAUCUAAAACCGGAGAUUCCGUACGCGUCUUCCCUUUUAUAAUCUUUCUGACUAAAGCAAAACAACAAACCGUUUUUAUAUAAAUUUCUGACUAACAAAAUUGAGAAAGAUGAUAUAAUAUAUUUUCUAUUACAAGAGCAUAUUGCUUGGGUGUCUUGUUUUUUUGAGUCGCCCUAUCAUGCUCGAGUUUCAAGAGAGACCAGAAAUAGCAAAUGUCCAAACUUCUAUAUAAAAAUAUAGGAAAACACUAAAAAUAGACCUUUAAACAAAACACAUGAUAUAUCUAUCAUAAAGAUAUUCUCUGAGCAACGGUUGAUGUGUUGUCAUUUUUUCUCAUCUCCAGAAGGAAGCUCGGGAGAUGGGAAGAAAAAAAUGGUGGUUGUUCCUGAACAACGAGAUAAGACACAUCAAAUCUUUUACGCGGUACGAAGUUAAAGAUGAAGAAGCUGCAUUGAUCUUCCCAAAAGAUCCUCCAUGGUUCAAGGUAUGGAUGGUUCCUGUGAUGAUGCUUUUUAUUUUCUUUAUCGUUGUUGUUAUAUUAAUUUGUCGACGUUGUCAAAAUUGUCGCCGUGGCGAAAAUUCUCCCAGCAUCCAUCCUAUCUCCCAGAACACCUAGCUAAUUUGUUUAGAUUUCUUCUUUCUGUCAUAUGUAAAUUGUCCAUGGUGCAAUAUAAAUUCUACAGUUUCACCAUAUAUUUCUGAGCAAAUUGAUCUAAUGAAAAAUAUAAAAGCAGUAUUCAACAAAAUAAGACUAAACGAUUCGGAAAGAGAACAGUAAAAAUGGAAUAAAUAACAAAAAUGUAAGUGGAAAAAAAAUAAUUUCAUUUAAAUUUGAGCAGUGCAGAAGAAAUAGUAAUAAAACAUUCUUACAUUGUAUAUCCAUAUCUCAAAUACAUACAACAAACAAAUAUGACCAAUUAAGAAUUGCAAAUACCCCAUUUACUGUUUUUAAGAAAACUUGUUAGGCUGUUAAUUUCGGAAAAUGUUAGAUCCGUAACAAGGAUUUACAAGAUUUUAAACUAAAACAUCUAGAUGAACUCAUAUUCUUUCAGAUUUUAAUAUGGCUUUCUAAAUAAACAAGAUUUACAUAUAUUUUCUAAGAUAUAAUUAGAUUUCAAAAUUGUAUAUUAAACAAUAUCAAAUUUGUAUUCAAUAAUAUAUAAUUGCAAAAAAUAUUAAAAUCAUUGGUUAGAUUAUACACGAGUAUUGGUUUUGGAUUUGAAAUCUAGGUACAUUCAUCAAUCCAAUAAAAUCAUCUUAAAAUGAGUGUUUGAUAUUUCUACUCUCGUUAUAGCAGAUUCCAUUAUAUAAGAUAAUUUUUAUUAUGAGAAAAGUGUUGUCCACCUCUAAUCCACCACAUAUCUAUACAGCCGACCAUUUUAGUGGAUCUUGGAGAUUUAUAGGUCACUUCUGUCAUUUUAUAAUAAUAACCUAACGAUUUGUUAUGUGCCUAAACAGAGAUUUUGAGUAUCUAGAAAAAAUAGCUUUGUGUUGCAUUGCAUUUGAUUGUCGUAGCAUAUUUGAUUUAUGAAAGCACUGUGGCCUAAUGAUCAAGGUUUAAAGGUUUUUAUACCGGAUUUGAGUUUCGGUUUCCAAAUGAUACAAGUUUUUGCAGAUUUUGAAUGCAAAGCUUAUAGGACAAAUCCAAAAUAAUACUUGCAGAGUAGUUCGUUGUUCGGUGGUUAUUGGGUGUGGAAAUAAUCUGUCCAUAAAAGACGUAAUAUACAUGCAAAACAUCGUGCAUGGAAGCAUUGUUCGAAAAAUUGUUCAUCUAUAUUGCAUAUAUUUCAGAUAGUUGAUUGAUCGUCAUAUGUAAUAUAUUAAAAAUUAUAUGAUGAUGUGUUUGACAUUUGACCUGUGUUAAAAAAAAAAAAACAUAUUUGAUUUAUGAUAUUUCAAUUGUCCGGCAGUGUUACAAUAUUUUGAAUUCGGCUCAUAUGCAACACGAUUCAACCAUAUUUCGUAAUAAAGUAUUAUUGCUUAUUUCUAAGCAUA